AUGUCCUUCGUCUCCCAAACCGUUGCCGGACUGAGCCAAGCCAAGCGCGAGGAGCCGCUAGCGCGCCAGCACUGCUCCCACCAGCACGCCCACCGCCACGUCCAGCUGUGCAGGAAGAACAGCCUUCCGGAGCGCGACCCCCCCGAGCCUAGAACGAGAAAGAACAGCCUGCCGACGGAUAUCCGCGAAAGAGUGACAGAGACGGCGCACGGCACGCCAUUUGCCGAGGAGGAG